AUGGCUUACAACUGGCACAUCGACUUUUGGUUCUCUGUGCGAAUCAUGACUGUGAAUAACGGAACGGCAACAUACAAGCGACACAUCGCGAUCACACCCGCUCCUAGUCUGCCCUUAUACCUCCAACACCACCGCACCGUAAGCAAGUCUGGAGGAUACGUCGCCUACUGGAGCCAGUUUUACAAAGUAUUCGCCAACAGUAGCCCAGUCGACGGCGAGCGGCAAGCCACAGAAGCAGGCCGCUUAGAGGGCGAUAUCCUCGAAGCCCUCAACGACGCGUUUCACGUGUCGCCCAUAGAAGUUGCGGCGUUCCCCAUCAGCGAAAUAGAAGUGUACACGCCGAGCAUAGCUUCGGCCCGGUGGAUGCAAAGUCUGCAGACGGUCACCAAGCUAGACCCUGCGCUGAGGAAUCAGGACGAAGUGGUGGUCAGAAAUGUCAAGUUUCUCCUUACGGUGGACGAGCUUUUCAACAACUACACGAACCAGCAGAUUCUGGAGUUUCUGGCGUGGCAAUUCGUCGAGCACUACGGUCCGGUUGCUGACAGCCGCCUACUUUUGGCGAGGUACGGAGACCAGAGGACAGCGGAUAUACUAAAGCCCGCAUAUUGCGGUUACCACAUUGAGGUAGUCUACAAACUGAUGCUGCUGUCAAUUCAGUUCACGCUUCGAAUUGCGCAGGCUGACCAGAAGCAGAUCGACCGAGGUUUUAACCGUAUGCUGUGGAACGCCAUUCGCUUGGUAAAAGCGUCUGAGUGGCUGGACUCGGAGAGUAAGCACUCCGUGGCUGCAAAGAUUCGUACGCUGCGGUUGGCGGUGUGGCCUCCAGACAAGUUCCUUACCAAGGAGAGCCUGGAAGAGUUAUACCAGACGUAUCCCGAACACGAGAAAACGUUCGGUAACUACUGGAUCAAGUCCAUUCGGAGUCUACGCACCACCAAGAAGGAUUCCCUCUAUGAAUCUGUGCUCAGGAUGCCACCAAACUAUGCACAGCCUUAUUUUGUAUACGACUAUUUGUUGAACACCGUUCGCGUGGCCAUUGCUGCCAUUCGAAGACCACUAUUCUACAGCAAGGGUACAAGAGCCAUGUUCUACGGUGGCAUCGGCUUCUCCCUUGCUUUAGAAAUGGUCAAAGCACUCGACCGAGAGGGCCUCCGCUGGCGUCCGGGUGUAGGCAUAGUCCCCUCAAUCAUCAGCGAACACUCGAAAGAUGCGUUUGAGGAGAGAGAGAACUGCCUAAACAGCGAAGAAGGCAAAUACGGUUUGUUUCCCGAGAUACCGGCGCUGCAGAUUGCUUACUCCGCUUUUGUUGAUACCACAAAGGAAACGGAGAAAGAACUUCCGAUCAGCAAUGACUUCAAGGAAACGCAGGUGUUUUUUCUCACCCUAUGCUACAUGACUUGCAGCAAGAAAGGGUUCAUUAAUUCCUUCUCGGCCAACUGUAACAAGCUUGUUCGUAACUCUGUGAGCUUCGCGAACGCCUUCGCCUGCCCGCCAGGAUCCAAGAUGAAUCCCUUGAAAAAGUGCAUGUUCUUCGGGUAA